AUGGUAGGCGUUUUCGGACGAUCUCUUUCUUUCCCGAACAAGAAUCCCAACCGUCCAUCUAAACCACCAAUCUCUCACCACAUCAGAUCCAUCAGUCUUCCAUGCAGAUCUCACCCCUUGAUUUCCCAGCUUAAGGAUGGAAUCUCUGAGCUCCACUCAUGGGCUUCCAAACCUGACACCAGCCGAACAUCCGCUUGGCUUUGCGGCGGAUUAAGCCGGCUCAAGGACGUCCACAAUUGCCUUGAUGAUAUUCUCCAGCUUCCUCAGACUCAAGAAUCCCUCCGCCGCCAGCCACACCUUGUCGAAAAGGUUCUAGAAGACUUCCUUCGUCUUGUUGACGUCUACGGGAUCUUCCAGACCUCCAUUUUGGCGCUUAAAGAAGAGCAGUCAGCGGUGCAGAUUGCUCUAAGGAAGAGAGACGAUUUAAAGAUAGCUCUUUACUUAAAAGCAAGAAAGAAAAUGGCCAACGAAAUGGUGAAGCUUGUUUCAGAUCUCAGAUGCAUCACACUGCCCGGAACGGCCGUCGUUUGUGUUGGCGACGCCGAGCUAGCUGACGUUAUUGGAGAUGUUAUUGGGGUGACGGUGACACUCUCUCUUGCACUCUUCAACGGUAUAGCAGUUUCAUUCGGGUCGAGAAAAUCCACAUGGAUGGGUUUGAGGCUGAAGAAGAAAGCCAAGAAGGAGACGGCUGAGGAGGGAAUCCAAGAGCUUCAACAAUGUGGGGCCGAGUGUUUGCGGAGACCGAGAAAGAAGAGUGGUGAGGAGGUGAGGAUGACUUUGAAGAAAAUGCAGGAAAUGGAAGUCUGUGUUGGUGGGGUUGAAUGUGGAAGCGAAAAAAUCUUUAGGAGUUUGAUUAACGCAAGGGUUGCUCUACUCAACAGUCUCACCCAUUAA